AUGUGGAGACGGACGACAGCCUCCCGAACUUCCACGCGAUUGGUUUAUUGUUCGACAAGCAGAUGUGGGAUUCGAGGAGCUUCACCACCUCGACGGACGGCGUGGAGACGCCUGCAGACACGAGGCUCGAGGACAAUCACGAGACCCAAAUUAGAGGGUCGGUGCCCCUCUCCUGCGCGGCCUCCGUCAGCUUCAGCAUGGCGUCAUAGAGCCGCCGCCGCUACGCCGUCAUCCGACUGCCAGAACCUAGAUUUCGGAGGAAAUCGUGGCGGAGUGAUUGGCUCCGGCAAUCUGAAUCCUUUUCUUGCUCUGAACAGUGGGAAGAAGGACUUCUCGACCGCGAUUUUGGAGAGCAAGAAGGCGGCUAAUCAACUAAUUGUAGAUGAGGCUGUCAAUGGUGACAUCUGA